UUAAAAAUGAUUCUACCUACUCACGCUUAUACCACGUAUGUGUCCGCCAUUUUAACCCAUUAUAUGCAAAUCUCAAUCACUUACAGUAAUAGUUUUACAAUUGCAUCUUGUUUAUAAACUUAGUGUUACACACGGGUUCACAUUUUAUUUUAUAUCGUUCUUUUUCCUUUUAGAUAGAAGAGUUUUCCUGAGGCCUGGGCCUACAUACAUAUAUUUGGUGCUACCUACAUUAUAUGCAGUAUAUUAUAUACUUUAAGGAUGGCAGGGAACAUUCUUGCGGCUCUCUGUUUUACAUUUUACACAAUUGUUACGGCGUUUGUAGUUGAUGACAAUCAAACAUACAUGGGCGCUAAUUCACAAUGAAAAGACUCGCCUUCCUAGUGCUCCUUAUCCUCGCUCAAAGUCAAGGCGAGGAGCAAACAUACACUACCAAGUAUGACGGCAUCGACUUAGAUGAGAUUCUAGCUUCGAGCCGGCUCCUCACUGGUUAUGUCAACUGUUUGUUGGACCUGAGACCGUGCACGCCUGAUGGGAAAGAGUUGAAGAAAAACCUUCCCGAUGCCAUAUCCAGCGACUGCAUGAAAUGCACGGAGCGACAGAAGGAAGGCGCCGACAAGGUGAUGCACUACAUCAUUGACCACAGGCCUGACGACUGGGAGAAGCUCGAGAAGAAGUACAACUCUGAUGGAUCCUACAAGAAAAAGUACCUAGACAGCAAAAUUCCCAAGGAGGACAAGACAACGGAAGAUGAAAAACUAGCAGAAGGCGAAACUACGGAGGAAACAAAAACCGAAGAAAAUCAAGAAAAAUGAAAAUCAAUUUUAUGAAGAAGUGGCUGUGAAAACCGGACAAAUCCAUUAGA